AUGGCAGCAGCACUCAACAUUGUGCGUCAGAGCUUAUUCGCCGGCAGCCCAAAAUACACAGAAAAUGAUUUACCCGAUCUCAAGGGCAAAGUAAUUGCCAUCACAGGCUCAAAUACCGGCGUCGGCAAAGAAAUCGCCAAGAUGGUCUACAGCAAGAACGCAAAAGUCUACAUGUUCGCGCGAACAACAACGAAAAAUGAAAAGGCUCGUGACGAGAUCAAAGCUGCCUUUCCCGAAUCACACGGGGAAUUGAUUUGUCUCCAAAUAGACCUCGCCGACCUGGAUAGUGUCGAAGCAGCUGCUGCAAAAUUUAUCAGCAGGGAAGAUAAGCUUCACGUUCUGUUUAAUAAUGCAGGCGUUGGAUUCCCCGAAUACGGCUCCAAGACCAAGCAAGGCUACGAACUACAAUUGGGAGUCAAUUGUCUUGGCAGUUUUGCUCUGACCCAGAGGCUGACGCCUGUAUUGGUUAAUACUGCAAAGACAUCUACACCAGGAACUGUUCGCGUGGUUUGGGCAUCGUCAACAGCUGCAUUUUGGACAUCCACGAAGAAAUACAUAGAACGUGUCAAGAAUAUUAACAAGCAGAGCCUAUUUCAGCAAUAUGCGAUUAGCAAGCUCGGCAAUUAUUACCACGCGACGGAAUAUGCUGCCCGCCACAAAGGCGACGGUAUCAUCUCUGUCCCGCUCAACCCCGGCAAUCUCGACUCAGAGCUCUGGCGCACGCAGGGGAAGUUUCUGACUUCGAUCCUCCGAAGAACUGUUUUCUAUCCGUCGCACUAUGGUGGGUAUGUCAAUAUCUUUGCGGGGUUCUCUCCCAAAGUUACGCUUGAGAGUUCGGGCAGAUUCAUUUCGCCGUGGGGAAGGUUGUGGCAUGCACUCCCGGCCAUGGUGAAAGGAUCAAAGACGGAGGAUAAAGGAGGAACGGGCCAUGCGAAACGGUUCUGGGAAUGGACGGAGGAUCAGGUCUCACGAAAUGUAUCUGCUCCCAGUGCCAAGGCGUAG